GGCACUAUUUUACGGCUACACUAUCGUCCUCCGCUCAAAUGUGUCCUCCGCGUAACACGUACAGCUUUGACCGUGUGGCUGGUUAUGAAAACACCAGAGUUAUGCAGGUGAUGGAAAGUUAAUUUCAGUGUCUCGACGGACGGAUUCACCCAGAGAGGAUAAACCGACCCACUGAAACAGGCCUGUGCAUUGAAACAGGAUGGCGUCCCCUUCACCUCACGACCGCAGCCGUAAAGACAAGGAUGAGGACGACCCUGUUGAACGGAUGAUAUCCCGCACUGGCUGUGCCGAGCUCCACUAUGCUGUGCAGGAGUGCAUGGCAGAACACCAGGACUGGCGAGCGUGCCAGAGCCAAGUCCAGACUUUCAAAGACUGCAUGAUGAAUUUUCAAAACGCCCAGAAAGAACAGCUGCUGAAGCAGCAGCCAACCUCCACUGAGUCUGCGCACAGCUGAACUCCCACCCCCUCCACACACACACCACAGGACCUGCUUGAGGUGGAAAGACUGUACCUAAUUUAACUAUUCAUAAUGAAAAUAAAUAAGUAUGAGAAGCUACAAAA